AAAGAGCUUACCGGAUGUACAUGUUUUACAAGUUAAUACUUGACAGCGUUGAUACAAAAUUCUCCAUCCACGUUUGGACAUGUUUAGGGAAUAACCUUCCGUGACACCACACUCUUCCGUCCACGAAUUUAUGGAGUUCAACCAAAAUAUUUGAGGUAACAUGCAGAGCGAUAACUGUGGCCCGGACAGGCCCGCUCAUCCGGGGAUUUUCCCAACUGGAGAAGCCGGGAAGAGCGACCACGAGCCGGCGGAACGCAGCGUGGACUUCCCGGUGUCCGUGGUUCUUCCUGCGGGUGGAACAGGAGAGAGAACCGGGCUGCAGACACCGAAACAGUUUUGCUCGUUUCUGGGGCGACCGCUCAUUAGCUACACUGUCCAGACUUUCGAGAGGUUGUCAUGGAUCCAGAGCAUUGUAGUCGUUGUAGCCAAAGAACACAUGGACCUGAUGACGGACAUCAUCCAGCGCUUUCAACACAGGAAGGUUCGAGUGGUGCCAGGCGGCUCCACUCGUCACAGGUCCAUAUGGAACGGAGUCCUGGCCCUGGGGGGCGAGGCGGAGGGGGAGGCGGCAGCAGGAGACCGACCAAAGGUGGUCAUCAUCCACGAUGCGGUGAGGCCUUUUGUGGAGGAGGACUUCCUUUACAAGAUCACCAUGGCUGCCAAAGAACAAGGGGCAGCAGGAGCUAUCCGCCCCCUUGUGUCCACAGUCAUAGCCACCACGGCUGAGGGUUACCUGGAUCAUUCUCUGGAGCGAGCCAAGUACAGAGCCAGCGAGAUGCCUCAGGGGUUCACGUAUGAUGUCAUCUAUCAAGCCUAUCAGAGGUGCACUGAGUCAGACUUUGAGUUUGGCACCGAGUGUCUCCAUCUGGCUCUGCAGUACUGUGGCACCAACGCCAAGCUCAUCCAGGGGCCGCCAACGCUGUGGAAGGUGACUUACAAACGAGAUCUGGCGGCGGCUGAGUCCAUUAUCAAAGACGCUCUUUCACAGUCGGCCUGUAUCAUCACAGGUGGAUCUGCACAUGCUGCGACGCUGGCUGGCGCUCUGCAGAAGGCUGCGGGAGCUCUCGACACGGAGCUGGAGGUCAUCCCAGAUCUGAUGGGGGAAAACGCCAGCUAUCUGUUAAAGGAGUGGAACUUUAUCCGGGUUUCUGUCAAUUGUUCUUGCCUGUCUGAAGUAGAGGCCUUACUGGGAGAUUUGGAGGCAGCGGAUCGGGCUCUUCUCCACCCGGUGGUCGUCAUUUGGGUGCAUUUGAGCUGUUCAGGUGAGUCGUCUAUCAGCGGGGGAAAAGUGGAGCCUGAUGGCCUCAUGGAGCUCGCCUCAGCAGCCAAGCUCCAUAAUAUUCUCCUCUACGGCAUCCAGCUCCAGCAGUCAAAGGAAAUAGAGCGCUGGGAGAGGUCAGUGUUGAAGGUCAUGGAGAUCACGUCGGCCCUGAUCCGGGAGAGGAGCCCGGCUCUGGUUGGACAGCUUCUGCAGGCAUGAAGGGAAGCAGCAGAACCUGAAAUAAAUCCCCACAACAAGACUCGUGAACACUGCAGGGAUGAGACUGUUGUUUCUUUUCUGUUCUGAGUUCAUUGUUGCAAAGUUAACUCCAAGAGUUGACUCUCAGUCCAGAGUAAGCUCCAAAGAUUUAGUCCUACAUUUCCCAUAAUGCAACUCAGUCUUGCCUUUUGUGAUGCUGACUGGAUGGUAAGCAUCCAAAUCAUUCACACAAUCAACGACCUUUUGACACUGCUAUUAAAACAAAGGCUUUCUCACUAGGAACCUGGUUGUGGAAUUAACAAACUAAAGGAAGAAUGUGAAACUUUUUGAUCCAGUAGGUGUCUCUCUUGAGCACCAGCAUGAAACCAAAACAAACUGCUCUUUUGAGACACCUCCUCCAU